UUUUUUCCCCCCCCCAUCCGCUGGAAUCACAACAGACAUGGAGGUUGAGUGAAUGUGUUCUCUGCAAAUCUCAUGAACCAUAUUUGUAUUUGAUGUGUAUUAUCAUUCUCCAGGUUUUAUAAUGGUGUAGCGCGACUUAAAACUGGUGAAAAUGGAUUGCGCGGUAUUUACGGAACAAAACACAGAAAGAAGUGUUUGUAUCGUUGGAUCGGAGUUAGUGGAGAACUACACGGUUUACAUAAUUGAGGUGAAGGUUGGGGACCAUCGGUGGACCAUAAAGCAUCGCUACAGUGACUUCCAUGAACUGCAUGAAAAGCUCACUUCGGAGAAGAAGAUUGACAAGCAUCUGUUGCCUCCUAAGAAGAUAAUUGGCAAAAAUUCCAAAACCUUUGUGGAAAAGAGGCAGAAGGAGCUGGAGGUGUAUCUGCAAACUUUGCUCAGCCUAUUUCCUGUGGCUGUACCAAAAGUAUUAUCCAUCUUUCUACAUUUCCAGUUCUAUGAAAUUCAUGGCAUUGCUGCUACCCUGGCAGAAGAUCUGUUUAACAGAGGUGAGCAGUUGUUAGUUGCAGGUGAGGUUUUCCUCCUGAGGCCACUGCAGCUCUACGCCAUCACCCAACAGCUGAAACUGGCUAAACCCACCUGCGCCAAUGGAGAUGCCAAGACGGAUCUUGGGCACAUACUGGACUUUGCUUGCAGACUCAAAUAUCUCAAGGUCCACAAAGAUUUGCUUUUCGAUUGUGAGAUCCCUGGGACGAUAGGAGUUGUGGGCACCAGCAAUAUUGCAGAGCACAGUUUACCGUUUGACCUUUCUGUCUUUAAAUCAGUGCUCCAGAUUGAGAUAAAUGACUGCAGUUCAGGACAGAUAAGGGGACUUCCUGCAUUAAAGCCCACUCUGGCUACACUCAGUAUUAAUCGCUCAGCUGCAUCCAUGAAGGAAAUUUUAGUUCCCGAAGCUGCUGAGUUUGCCCAGUGGGAACCUGAAGGUGUGGACAUUGACUGUGCAGUGACCGCAAUCAUUCCAACCUGGAAGAUACUGACCACCCUGGACAUGAGCCACAAUAACAUCUGCUGCAUUGAUGAGUCUGUGAAAUUGAUUCCUGGAGUUGAAUUCCUUGAUCUUGGACACAAUUUCCUGUCAUUGGUAGAAAAUCUCCAGUAUCUAUACAAUCUAGUGCACUUGGACCUGUCUUAUAACAAACUUACAGUCCUCGAGGGUGUUCACACUAAACUGGGCAACAUAAAGACCCUGAAUUUGGCGGGGAAUCAACUUGAAACCCUUUCUGGUCUCAGUAAACUUUACUCUCUUGUGAACCUGGACUUGAGCAGUAACAAAUUAGCACAGUUGGAUGAAAUAAAGCACAUUGGAAUGUUGCCCUGUUUGGAAAAACUCUCCCUCACCAAAAACCCCAUGUGCAUCAUUCCUGACUACAGAACAAAAGUUCUGGCGCAGUUCUGUGACCGAGCAUCAGAGGUUUGUUUAGAUGGCACAGUAACCACUGAGAAGGAGUUGGACACUGUUGAAGUGCUGAAAGCCAUUCAGAAAGCCAAAGAAGCAAAAGACAGAAUGGCAAACCCUAAAAAAAAGAUUAGUGAUGUCCCCAGACAGACUGAUACAGGGCUGAAUCCCUCAUCUUCCAGCUCUGUUGCUGCUCCACAGUCUUCCUCUUCUUCCUCUUCUCCUUCUUCUUCUUCUCCGCUCCACUGUGCCAGCUCCAGCCAAGAAAUAGCCUGCAAAGAGGAUGCCUUUCUUACCAAAGAGAUAUUGACUCAUGUGGAUUCUACACUUACCCAGCGAUGCUGUAAUAACUACCCCACAGCUUGUGAGUUUACACCUCAUGUUAGAACUCAACAUACUAACUGUUCAUCUUCGGACAUCAGUUCUGAGCAGAAGCAUGAAAGUUCUGGCUGCUUUUACUGUGAAGAAAACCAGGAAUCCUGGACCAACAGAUGCUCCACACCAGUGCUACCCUUCUGUUAUUUGUCCUACACCACCACCAAUUUGGACUUUGUUACCCGGCUUUCCGACUUAAUCUGGCAAACAGAUAUGGAGAAUAAAACUUCCAGUGAAUGCAGGCCCUCGUCUGUGGAUGUGACUGAGCAGGGCAGCCCUGACUCCAGGGGCAGUUACUUUGAAAUGGGCCCAGAUCACAGUGAUGAGAUCAUGGGCUGCUUUUCCUCUUCCACACUUCAGGACAACAAUUCUGAGAAUUUGGAAAGCUCAAACAUUCAGAUAAAUCUGAUAACGUGGUCUCACUGUAUCAGUGUGGGCCAAGAUGGCAGUCUGAAUCAGAUGCCAUGCUGUUUGGCUGCAACAGAUAAAGCAAUGGUGGUUUUUCAGACACGGUCCAAAGAGACUCCACAUAACUUAGAAGAGCUAAUGGACUGCAUUAAAGUAGCACUGAUGGUGCCGUAUUCAGACAUGGACGCAUUUUGGUUUGACGUUCCAGACACAUGCAUCUCCUUAAUGUUGAAGUCCAGUGCCACACGAUGGUACUUCUUCUCAGAUGGACAAAAUUUGAAGGAGAUCCAUUCUCAUGUGAACUUGCUUCUGGAUAGAACUCAAAAUGAGCAUAUCAGUGAACAGUCUAAUAUCCAAUCAUUUAUUCAGCAGUUUCUAAAUUCCUGGGAAAUUGAUGAGAAUGAUAGUGGAGUGAAAACUGGAUAUAUAGCUCAUGUCCUGGACCAUGCCUCAUUGAUUCAAAGAAGUAAAAACAGCUCUGCUCCCUCUGACAUUUUAUCUUCAGUCCAUGAAAGCCACAUCUCCAUCCCAUUGCUUCUGUUCCUCACGACACGACAUCUCUGUGUGCUCAAGGUCGAUUUUGUGGCCAUGGCAUUAAAACGCAAUGGAAAUUGCAUACGCUCUUGUGCCAAGUUAACCAGAAUUCCACUUGCGUCUACAUUGCUGAAUCCCAAGCAGUGUCAAACUGGACAAAGCAGUUCAGUCACCCAUCGCUUUUGUGAUGGCCAUGUUUUGGAGCUCAUGGCGGGGAAUGAACACCUAGCUGCCAUUUUCGCUCUUCCACAUGACAAGUUUCUGUUUCUGAAGCAGUUCACUCAGUUCCGAGCCAGCCUUCGAGACAUCAAGAUCAUUACUCUUCUGCAGACCAGUAAACGCCACCUGAGAGUGAACAGCACAACACCUAGCAAAACUAUCCAGAAAAAGAGUGUUUCUCAGGACACACAGAAGCCCCAUUUAACCCUGUCUCUGCUCAAUCCUGGAGACUCGCUUAUCCAGCAGCUCUCCGAUGAAAACCAGUGUCCUUCCCACCUAUCUCUGUCUUCAGCCCAGCAUCACAUUUCCUCAUUGAGAGGCAAGGAGGUUAUAAACUUCUUCCAUGACAACAUCGCAGAGGUGGAGAAUGAAGAGCUAAGGCACAUCUUGUGGACAUCUGUGCUUUUUUACAAAUCCCCUGAUGUGGAGUUGACUGCCUGCAUUAUGCUGUCUACCAAAGCUGUUUACUUUAUCCUGAACGAUGUUGCGUCCACGCUCAGUGAUCAAGCUUUGAUGUGGAGCUGGCACCCAUCAGACUACAAGGACACGGAUUUCCUCAUCUCUUUUUGCUUUGUGAUGAAGCUGAAUGAGUUGCAGAGUGUGAAUGUGGGACUGUUUGACCAGUAUUUCAGAGUGGUGGGGUCCUCUCCGGAGCACAUCAUCUCAUGCGUGACCAGAGACAGCUACAGCACACACCACUUUCUUCAGCAGCUGAUGAGUGUGCUGUCUUUGCUGGAGAAAGCACCCUCACCAGAACCCUCAGACCAAGACUUCUACACACAGUUUGGCAAGAAGAGCACAGGCAAAAUGGAGAACUACGAGCUGGUGCACUCAAGCCGGGUGAAGUUUGUCUACCCGAGUGAGGAGGAGAUCGGGGACUUGACCUUCAUCGCAGCAGAGAGGAAGGGCCCUCAGGGACCUACGCACUCAUUUAACGUCCUCUUCUACGCCCUGGUUUUCCAGGUGCGGAGUGGUCCAGGUGUGAGGGCUGAACUGUACCCGAAGAGCCUCGUUCUGAGCAGCACGCAUGUCUUCCUACUGGAUGAGGACUACAUCAGCUACCCGUUGCCCCAGUUUGCUAAAGAGCCACCUCAGAGGGACAAGUACAGGCUCACAGACGCCCGCAGGAUACGAGACCUGGACCGUGUGCUCAUGGGAUACCAGCUGUACCCACAGGCGCUCACACUGGUCUUUGAUGACGUGCCUGGGCCUGAUCUGCUGUGCCAUCUGACCAUGGACCAUUUCUCAGAUGAGAAAGAGAGGAAACGGAUGCAGGGUGGUGACGGAGCUGAGAGUGAAGUACAGUGGUGUAUUUUUGUGCCCGGUGCAGACAGCAGGGAGAGACUGAUCUCACUUUUGGCUCGCCAGUGGGAAGCACUGUGCAGCCGGGAACUUCCGCUGGAGCUCACGGGUUAAUGGAGACUAAAAGGUAAUGAGGGAAAGCAAAUUCUAGAAAGAAUGUCUAUUAGGUGACUGAGCUUAGCUUUAGUUUUCUUUAUGAAGUCUUCAGGUGUACAGGGUUGGGCCAUAUGGCAUAAAUGAUCAAAAUGACAUUAGUGGUCAACGAAGUCAAAAGUGACAACACACCAGCAUAACAGUGACCUGUGAAAAUGUAUACAUUUAACAAAAGAGAUACUAUUUAAAAACAAACAGCAAAAAAUAAAGAAAGGUCAUAACAGUCUAACAUCAGUUCAACCUGUUGAUUUUGACAUAUCCAUGAUCUCUGUAAUUGGUCCAAAUUUCUUUUGUCAGUAGUUUAUUUACAGUAGCAUUACUAAUGUCCAAAUUUUUUGUGCACAGUUACAAAUUGCUUUAUUACAGAGGUGAAAGCCUUAGUUACUGUAUCGUUAACAGAACCUGCUUAACCAGGAAACCGAUAAGGAGCUUUGGCAGGCAAUGUGUUUUGGAUAUCCUGCUAACUUGAGGAUUAAAUCUGAACUAGCUAGCUAGAUUUUCUGGUUCUUAAUCUACUAGUCUACUUUAUACUAAACACAUCUAGUUAUCUAAGGCUAACUUGCAAAUUUGCCUUAAAGGUGCAAUAGUUAAUUUUUUCCAUACUUGUACAAAUAACCUGGAAAAUAUAAAGAACAUGGUAAUAAAUAAAAAAAACAGUGAGUUAAAUGGCCAUAGCAAAACCUAAUUAAUUCACUGAGAAAAUCCGUUUGGAAAACUGACUUCUGGUCCAGCAUGCUUGUGACUGGAUGUGCUGGUCAGUCUUUUUUAUAGAUCCUGUGGGCGGAACUUUGUGAACAUGGGUGGUGGUGGGGGGUAAAGACUAUCUUACCAAAUUCACCUUUAAUGGCUUGCAAGUUAGCCAGAUAAUCUAGCUACCCAAGACAUAAGAUUAUAAAAACUAAUAUUAAUCACAGAACCAUUUCUGGCAAUCUGAGAACAGAGAUUAAUUUAUUUAUUGAGUAAAUACCGGUAUACUCCAAACAGAGCUUAUAGCACCUUCAGUUAACUCAGUCAUGCAAGUAUGGCCUUCUUAAUUGUUGGGUUAUUUUCUGAACAACUAUUAAAACUACCUAAAGGUUUUUUUUUCUUCUUUUGCAACUAAAAUUAAAUUUUUUACAAAUUUUAUUUUAUUGCCCUGCUCUACCCUCUAUGAUACCUGUGAUAUGGACAACAUAAUCAAUUGUUUUACAAUUAUGUGGUCGUAUCGAUCACCACUGUUUUGUUUGUGUAGUAUUGGUGAGUCACGGCACCCAAAUAUUUUUUCAUAAUAUUGAAGAUGCAGCUAAUAACGAAGUCCCAGCUGUUUACAAAAGAAACGUUUUCAAGAUUCAAAUAAUCCAGAUGCUCUGAAUCCAUUUAUUAGACCUGCAAAAUAAGCUGAAUAACAGAAAACCUUCAAAGGGAAAACUAAAGCUACAAAAGCUGAAGCAAAAAACAUAUGGUUAUCAUGGAGUACAAAGGAAAGUGGGGGGAAAAAAAUCCUCCCAGCUUACACACGCAUGCACACAUUGUUACAUUUUUACUAACUCUCUCAACACACAAAGCAUCCUGGGAAGUUGUGUACAGAGUCCACGUGAGCUUAGUAUUUUCUUUUCCUAAUCAGGCUUUGAACUUCGCUCUUCUCUCAUUGCUUAUAUCUUAUAUGCUGCUGUGUACAAUCUACCAAAUGUAAAUUACUGAAGAGGACUGUGUUAUUAAAUGCUGUAUUUUAUUAUAAGUGACAUCAGUUCCUGGCUGAUUUUUAAUUAUUGAAUGGUUUCAUAUGUUUUUCUUUUUGAGGAGUUAUUUUGGGUUGUAUAUUGUGGUUUACACAAUUAAGAAAGUUUACAGGAUCUCAUGCAUCACUGAAUUUGACUUUAUGCCAUUUAUUUGCCUUGGAUGUUAGGAACUUGGCAUGCAUGUUUGGAUUUUAUUUCUUUUUUUUACAAAAAUAAAUGUUUUAAUGUAAAUGUGUCUGUUUGAAUGCUUGAUUUUCAGUAUUGUCAUUUCAUUAGUUACAUACUAUUGUGGUCAGAAGUUUACAUACACAGACAUUAGGGUGCAUCAGUUGCCCCCUAAAAAUGAAAAGUUCCUCCGAUCAUGAUGCAUUUUUGUUUUUAUGUUCCUUUUGGUAAGAAAACACUGCGUGAAAUAUUUUGACAAAAUUAAAAAGUUUAAUAGUGGCACCAGGAGAUCAAAGUUAUGGAAAAAGCUGCUAUUUUAUGACUUUGACAAUUUCAAUCACUUUUCAUGAAACAUUAUGGCACCUUAUAGAGUAUACCAAAUAUCUUAGAUACACAUUUUUAGUACAUUUUCUAAAUAUAUUAUCAAGCACAGUUUGAGUUUGAGUUUUAGCUGUUCAUUGAAUCAUUGUUCAACUACUUUUAAACAAUACAAAUGUAUUAUGAAUCACAUUAAUGCUUCUCAAUCCCUUGCAAAGGUUCUUAACAUGAUCUCUGGGUCACAAGAAGUCAAUAAAUGGAGUCCAACAUUGUGAUUCAAACCUUACGCGAAAACAUAAAAUAAGCAUUUUUUGGCAAAAAAUGAACCUCAUGGUGCCACCAUUAGACUUUUGAAUAUGGUCAAAAAAUUUUACAGGAUGUCUUUAUUGGUGAAAAGGAACACCCAAACAAAAAUGCAUCAGAUUUUAUGAAAGUGAGGGCAACUGAUGCACCCUAACAGACAUGAAUGUAAUUAUGUACAUGUCAUGGCAUUGUGCUUUCAGUGAUUUUCUUUGAACUGUUUUUCUGUGGCAGAAUGAUUGUACAACAUGCAUCUUUAAUAUAAAAAAAGGUUUAGCAUAUAAUGCAAUUUAUAUUAUUAAAUUAUGAAUUUGGUGCACAAACUUAGUUAUUUUGGGUUUUCUGAUAACACAUGGUUACAAUUAUAUGUACAGGCUCAAAAAAUAUAUACAUACAGCAACUUAAUACUUGGUUAAAUGUCCCUUGGUAGGUUUCACCUUGACAAGAUGCAUUUGGUAGCAAUCACUAAGCUUCUGGCAAAAUUCCAGUUGGAUAUUUGACCACUCUUCUUGGCAGAGUUCAAUUAAAUUUGUAUAUUUCCUGGCACAGAGCUUACUUUUAAGCACAGACCAUAUAUUUUCAAUAGGAUUGAGGUCAGGACUGAGUUUAAGCUUAAUGUUACCCUGCUUUAUCCAUUCCAUAAUCAUCUCAUCUCAUCAUCUCUAGCCGCUUUAUCCUGUUCUACAGGGUUGCAGGCAAGCUGGAGCCUAUCCCAGCUGACUAUGGGCAAAAGGCGGGGUACACCCUGGACAGGUCAUCACAGGGCUGACACAUAGACACAGACAACCAUUCACACUCACAUUCACACCUACGGUCAAUUUAGAGUCACCAGUUAACCUAACCUGCAUGUCUUUGGACUGUGGGGGAAACCGGAGCACCUGGAGGAAACCCACGCAGACACGGGGAGAACAUGCAAACUCCACACAGAAAGGCCCUCGCCGGCCACAGGGCUCGAACCCGGACCUUCUUGCUGUGAGGCAACAGCGCUAACCACUUCACCACCGUGCCGCCAUUCCAUAAUCAGCUUUGAUGUAUAAUUGGGGUUAUUGCCCUAUUGGAACACCCAAUUGUAUCCAAGUUUCUGAUGGUUUGAGGUUAUGCUGAAGAACUCUGAGGUAGUUUUCCUUCAUUAUUCUAUCCACUUUGUGCAAUGCACCAGUUCAACUGGCAGCAAAACAGCCCCAGAGCAUGAUGCUACCACCACCAUGCUAUAUCUCUGGUCAUUGUGGCCAUAUAACUCAAUCUUUGCCUCAUCUGACCAUAAAAUGUCUCUUCAGAAGACUUUUUCUUUGUCCAUAUGGUCAGCUGCAAACUUUAGCCAAGCUUGAAGGUGUCGAUUUUGGAGCAGGGGCUUCUUUUUUGGACGGCAGCUUCUCAGUCCAUGGUGAUGUAAAACUUGCUUGACUAUAGACAGUGUUCCAUCAGCUUCCAGCUCAUGGUAGACCUGUGUCUUGCUGGUUUUUGGGUUGUUCCUGACCAUCUGAACCAAUUUCCUCUCAGCUGAAGGUCACAGUUUGGAUUUUCUUCCAGCAAAGUGGCUUGGAAAAGUGGCUACACCUCCCAAUAACUUGUACUUGCAUACAAUUGUUUAAACUGAUGAUCCUGGAUUCUGCAGUUGUUUAGAAAUUGCUCCAAGAGACAUCUUGAAUUGUGUAAAUCUAUUGUCCGCUUUCUCAGAUCUGUACUGAGGUCUUUGGACUUUCCCAAUGAGUGCUGUCAAACAAACCCUUUUUUUUUUGUUGGCACAGAAAAAUUGUGGUCAGUCAAUCACUAACAGGAAGUUAAGAGAUUUUGGAACUUCCUACACCACUCAAUCUAAAUGGAUGGAUGUAUAUCUUUGACCCCGUAUGUAAAAUUUUGACCCUUUGUUGUGUUCAGAAAACCCAAAAUAAAUUAAAACUUGGGCACCAAAUUCUUGGUUCCCCCCCCCCCCCCCCCCAAAUUAAAGAUCCUCACCAGCCAGUUUAAUAGGAACUUAAUCUUGAUUCCAAGAUUCCUGUUCUUGGCUGGCAGGAGCGGAACCCAAUGUAGUGGUCUGCUGUUGCAUACUGAGAUGCUUCUCUGUUCACCAUGGUUGUAAAGAGUGAGUUACUAUAUCCUUCCUGGCAGCUCAAACCAAUCUGUCCAUUUUCCUCUGACAUCUUGUCAACAAGGUGUUUCCACCCACAGAACCGUUGCUCAUUCAAAGUGUUUUGUAUUUUGCACCAUUCUGUGUAAACUCUAGAGACUGUGUGAGAACCCCAGAUCAGCAGUUUCUGAAAUACUCAAACCACUCCAUCUAACACCACCCUGCCCAUGCCACAAUUUUCCCCAUUCUGAUGUUUGAAGUGAACAUUAACAAAUCUCUUCAUUUAUAUCUGCAUGAUUGUGCUGCUCUCAAGGGAUUGGCUGAUUAGACUACUGCAUAAAACUGAUGUAUGGAUGUACCUAAUGAAGUGGCCAGUGAGUGUAUGUGUUGUACAAUGAUUCUGCCACAGAAAAAGAACUGUUCAGAGAAGCCACUGAAAGCCCAAUACUGAUAUUCAUGUGCAUGUAUGUAAACUUCUGACCACAACUGUAGUUAUGGUGUGUGCGGUUUUAUUUUUUAAAUGGCCAUUGAAGUAGGUCCACUUAAUAAACUGUCAUAUACUUGUAUUACACAAUGUCAAGCUCAAAUUAUACUCAAGGUGCUACAGUGAAGGAAAAAAAUCUGUAAUACAUGUGUGAAUUCGGUUAAAGAAAUAAAAUUACAACUUGUUUUUUUUAACUGAGAAAUCUGAAAUACUGUAACACUAUGCUCUCAUGUGAAAAUCAGACUAUAACUGAUAAUAUCUAAAUGAAAUGGAUUGUAUGUAUAUUAAAACCACAGGGAUUUUUUUUUGGGGGGGGGGGGGAUUUUUAACCAUAACUUUAUGUACUUACCCACAAUUACUGGAAAUGAACUCCCAUUCAGUAAUAACCAGUGUCGAAAAAGAGGCUACUCACAGAACAUCUCUCACCCAUCAAUUAAUGAAAAUAAAAUGGUAUAAUUUUACAUUACAA